UUCAACACAUGGACCGCUGAGUAUGUUCAAGGUGACAGGUCAGGUACAGGGGGUAUGCCGCCAGCUGUAAGCCUGAUGUGGACGACUGUGUACGCUACGUCUGAGGACGACACAAACGUCGUCUUAGACCGAGAGGAACUUUCCCUCUACACGACCCCUCAGCAGGAGUUUCGGUAUGUGGAGCCGGAGGCAGGUCAGCUGGAACACGGUGCCGCCACCCUCAGGAAAAUGGUAGAGCCCUACUCCGCUUGGAUUCAGGGCGCUUAUGGAAGAAUCCAACCCGAAGUUCAGAGGGUCACUCAGUUUGGAAACGACACCUACUUAUAUCUUCAAAAUCCGCCGGCGAACUUCUAUCCACGGGCCGGGAUUAUCGGUUUCGCCGGUGUGUUGGGACUGUUCCUCGGAAGAAGCUCCAGAAUGAAAAGGGUCGUCUACCCCGCUGCCCUUAUGGCCGUCGGCGCCUCCCUGUACUACCCUGAGAGGGCAGUGGCGAUUGCCAAGUCAGCGGGAGACUCCGUUUAUGAAUGGGCAUUGAAGGGCUACGUUAGAGUCGACGAGAUGCUGAGUCCCGCAAACAAACCAAAGAAGAGUACUGCUGGCGAUGAUAAACCCUGAUCAGUG